CUCGGACCGCGUCUUUCAAUUUUUAAAUAUAUCUCUGUUGUGCCAGUACGCCGUGUUCUUACUUCAGUGGCAUUUACCGGUCCUGACUGUUGUGUUGUGUUUCAGAUCUCUUCUGCUUGCAAGUAAACGCUAAUAGUACGUGCUACAUUUGAACCAUUUGGAUCUCGCGCUAAAUACCAAGACUCGAUGUCUUGAAUCUGAUUGACUUAUGUCGUGUCAGUUAAAUUUUGUAACUGGUAAUCCAAACAAAUUGACUGAAUUCCUUAAAAUUAUUGGUGAGGAAUUUACUGGAAAAGUAAAAACAGUUGAUCUAGAUUUACCUGAAGUUCAAGGUAGUAUCGAAGAAGUGAGUAUACAAAAAUGUUUAUCUGCUUUUAAAAUAAUCAAUGGACCUGUAUUAAUCGAAGAUACAGCACUUUGUUUUAAAGCACUGAAUGGAAUGCCUGGGCCUUUCAUUAAAUGGUUUUUAAAAGCGGUUGGUCCUGAUGGACUACCUCGUAUGUUGAUUGACUUCAAUGAUUAUCGUGCAGAGGCUGUAUGCACUUUUGCUUAUUGUGAUAGCCUCGAAAAACCAGUACAAUUAUUCACUGGUAUCACAUCAGGUUGUAUUGUUUCACCUCGUGGACCACGUGAUUUUGGAUGGGAUUGUAUAUUUCAACCGGAUAACUUUGAACAAACUUAUGCUGAAAUGGAUAAAUCUAUAAAAAAUUCCAUAUCACAUCGAUCUAAAGCGUUAGAAAAAGUGAAGUCUUUUUUGCUGAACCAUGGAGCUUAAUGAAAGCAGUUUUUUUCUCAGUUUUGAAAAAAUACACGUUUAUAAAAGGAAUAUUGAUAUUUUGAAUUAAUUAUUUUAUACAUUUAGAUUGAACUACUUUUUUUAAUUUAAAGUAACAUAGAAAUAUUACUGAUUUAUGUUUAAACUCAUUAAAUAGGAUACAAUGGAGAAACAUCAUAAUUUCUUGAUAAAGUUAAGUGAUUAGGUUUUUCUAAAAAAGGGUUUCUUCUACUCACUCGUUCAGAGUUUAAAGAUCCUCUAUGUUUUUGUCACUUAUACUCGU